GCCUCCAGCGGAUUUCAACUUUCUCUUCAGACCGCUGACACACGCAGACACACACAGAGACACACACGCAGAAACGCACAGAAACACACAGAGACACACAAACUGCUGCUCUGACCUUUAGCCUGUUUUUUAUUCAUCCACGGGGCGUUAGUUGCUUUGACUUUUCCUUUCUUCGCCGGACGCUCUGCGCCUCCACUGGAGCCCUUUUGGAUUUUACGCACUGGUCGGAUCGAAGCUGCGGCGCGCACUCACCAUGGCGCGUGUGUUCCUGUGGAGUCUCGCGCUGUUGGCAUCAGCUCAGGUGGCUCUCUCCUCCGGGGUCUUCGAGCUGAAGAUCGAAUCCUUCACCAGCUCCCGCGGCCUCUGUCUCUCUCAGCCCCGGAGCUGCCACAUCUUUUUCCGCGUGUGCCUGAAGCACUCGCAGGACGUCAUCAACCCGGAGCCGCCGUGCACGUACGGCACCGCGCUCACGGACAUCCUCGACGCCGACUCCAACUCCAUCUCCGAGAGCGCGCCCAUCAGGGUUCCCUUUCUGUUCAAGUGGCCGGGAACUUUCUCUCUGAUCAUUGAAGCCUGGAACGCAGAAUCUUCAGGGCUCGACUCCACAGAGAACCAGAACAACCUCAUCAGCCGGAUGGCGACCAGACGGCGUCUCGGCGUCGGAGAGGAAUGGUCCCAGGACGUUCACUUUGGAGACCAGAGCGAGCUGCGCUACUCGUACCACGUCGUGUGCAACGAGCACUACCACGGCGAGGCCUGCUCCGCGUACUGCCGGCCCCGAAACGACACCUUCGGCCACUACACCUGCGACGACGGGGGGAGCCGGCGCUGCCUGGAGGGCUGGAGCGGCGAGUACUGCACUGUCCCCAUCUGUGCGGCGGGCUGCAGUAAGAACGGUUUCUGCGAGUCUCCCGGGGAGUGCGUGUGCCGGCAGGGCUGGCAGGGCGAGCGCUGCGACGAGUGCGCCCGACACCCGGGCUGCCUCCACGGGACCUGCCAGCAGCCGUGGCAGUGCAACUGCAAGGAAGGCUGGGGGGGGCUGUACUGUGACCAAGACCUGAACUACUGCACCAACCACAGGCCGUGUCAGAACGACGCCUCGUGCACCAACACGGGUCAGGGCAGCUACACCUGCACCUGCCGCCCCGGGUUCACCGGCAAAAACUGCGAGAUCGAGACCAACGAGUGCGACAGCAAUCCCUGCAAGAACGGCGGCAGCUGCAAAGAUCUGGUGAACGAUUAUUCGUGCGCGUGCCCUCAGGGCUUCUACGGGAAGAACUGUGAGGUCAGCGCCAUGAAGUGCGCAGAUGAGCCGUGCUUUAACGGAGGGACCUGCGAGGAGAACGUCGACGGUGGCUACAGCUGCCACUGCCCAGCCGGCUUCACGGGCUCCAACUGCGAGAAGAGAAACGACAGAUGCAGCAGCAACCCCUGCGCCAAUGGUGCUCAGUGUCUGGACCUCGGGCAGCGCGCCAUGUGUCGCUGUCGUCCGGGCUUCACGGGAUCUCGCUGUGAAACCAACAUCGACGACUGCGCCAACAACCCCUGCCGCAACGCCGGCACCUGCGUCGAUGGCAUCAAUGACUUCACCUGCACGUGCACGCUCGGCUUCACGAGUAAGGACUGCUCCACGCGCUCCAGCCCCUGCGACCAUUUCCCCUGCGACAACGGUGGCACGUGUUACACCCACUUCACGGGCCCCGUGUGUCAGUGUCCGCCGGGCUUCAUGGGCGCCCGGUGUGAGUACUCUGUGAAGACCACAACCCCCACGAAACCACCCGUGAACAGUGAUUCCUCUCCUGCGCUCGUUGCCGCGGUCGCCUUCGGCCUGGUGACGCUGGCUCUGCUGCUGUGCGCUGCCGUCCACAUUCUGCGACAGCUGCGUCGCGGCAGGAAGCUCGCAGCCCUUUCCAGAUCGGUGAAGAACGACCUGGAGGCAGUAAACAACCGCAACGCAGUGAUCGGUGGGGGUGGACAUAAUAACGGGAGCUUACCCGGAGCGGUGCUGGGCAGCCUGCGAGAGAAGGAGGCCUUCCUCAUCCCCGGAGGACAACUCAAAGUAUCCAAUAAGGACGCAGCGCUGGUGGAGAAGGGCAGCGACAGCAUGGCCAUGUUUAAAAACAAGAUGGCGGACUAUAACCUGGCGAACGAGGAGCAGCGUCUCGGCAAGAACAAGUUCGACCUUAAGAAGUGCGACUCGUCCAUCAUCGUGCCCCCCCUCACCUUCGCAAAGGACAGCGUGUAUCACCCAGUGUUCAUCAUCCCGGAGCAGAUGGAGCAGUGUGUGUUUGCUACUGAGGUUUGACCUCAGACCGCCGGCACGCAGACUUUCAUGCUGAAGCAUUGUCGUCCAGGACAGUCCACCCAGAGGGUCUCACUAUUUUAUUUAAUAUUUAUUACCCCUGUGGAAAGAAACAACAAGACAAAACUUUUUAAAGAAUCGUUUCCACUUUGAUACCGACAGUUUUUGGACGACUAGGUUGUGGAAAAGAAGGAAGGAGCAGCGGAGGAGGAGAGAAAAGAGGAAAAGACUGAAUGUCCAGCAUCAUUUGCACUAUUUAUCUUUUUUUAUACAUUAAAUCUUAAUAUAAUUUUUCUUGCUCUACAAUUUUCCUUGGAUCAAAUAUGAAUGAGAUGUGAAGAGUUGGAUUUUUCCACCAAUCAAAAAAACCGGUGCCUUACCAAUGCUUCCUAAUCACCGUGGCAACCAUCUCCUGUACAGUUUCACAAUAAGAUGUCAAUCAAAUCGUCGAGGACCUGACGGACAAUCGAACGUUUAGUUUCAGGUCAAACAACCUGAACUUUCCCUCUUUUAUUCGAUCUGAAAGACGAACGGAGGAAUUUCUAUCAUCGUUUUUUGAUUUCUUGUUUUCAAGAUGCUUGGAGACGAAGCAUCUUAUGUGAAGAAGAAGAACAAUCACACAAACUCUGAAGUGCCUCUUCAUAUGAAAACGUAUUUAAACAACAAAUAGAAUUUGUUGCUUCUGGAAACCAGAGAGAGUUUUUACUGGAUCUCAUAUUCAAUCUGUCUUGAAAAGCUCAGAACCAUAUUCAGAUCCACUGGAACCAUCUGUUUAAUCCAGUUUAUACUUCGAGACCUAAUCCCAAUCAGAGUCCCAGAUUCUGAUCCGAGUCUGAACGAGGUUUCAGGUGAAUCAGCACAAUCAGCUGUUUUCUCCCUCUUCACCUCAGAUCAUCUAUUCUAACACUCAAGAGUCAAACCUGAAGAGUUCAGCUGAGCUGGAUUCACUUUACUACUCAGUUUGUCUUUCUGUGGCUGGGCCGGUUUUUUAUCCAGUCGUGGUCUUGAGAGGUUUAUUUUUCAAAGAAAGCAGAAAAACAAACGAACAGAGAAAACUGGAGAGGUUAGUUUGAGUCGUCACUUCUCUGAGUUCCUCUGUAUUGACAGUUUAUUACAAACGUGAAGGAAUCCAGAGAGUUUCCAUUCCGUCUUUUAUACCGAAUCCAUUUGAUACCAAAAAUAAGUGUUGUUCCUGUGUAGUCGUGUCUUUGUACUAUCUUUGUUAAUUUAAGAAAACAAUGCAAUGUGUACAUAUCGUCCAGGACAUAGUUAACCUAUUUAAUUUUGCCCUUUGUAAAUAAUUGUGUAUUUAUGAAAGAGAAUUGUAUAUAUGUCUAUGUUAUUAAUGUGCCUAAUGUCAGAAUCAAGAAAUAUAUUUUUUCAUAAAUAAAAUGUGAAAAUAA